AACCCAAUAACUAACGAACCAAAUUCAUGCAGACCCAGAUGCUGAGGUGAUUGCCCUUUCCCCCAAAACCCUUUUGGCCACAAACAGAUUUGUUUGUGAGAUUUGCAACAAGGGUUUUCAGAGGGAUCAAAACCUUCAGCUCCACAGACGAGGCCACAACUUGCCGUGGAAGCUCAAGCAAAGAAAUGGCAAAGAGACGAAAAAACGGGCUUACGUUUGUCCCGAGCCCACUUGUCUUCACCACCACCCAUCGAGAGCUCUUGGAGAUCUCACGGGAAUCAAGAAGCAUUAUUGCAGAAAACAUGGAGAGAAAAAAUGGAAAUGCGAAAAGUGUUCGAAGGUUUAUGCUGUUCAGUCUGAUUGGAAGGCUCAUUCCAAGACAUGUGGGACGAGAGAGUAUAGAUGUGAAUGUGGAAAUCUUUUCUCCAGGAAGGACAGCUUCAUCACCCACCGCGCAUUCUGCGACGCGCUUGCCGAGGAAAGCGCUCGUCUUUCCGCAGCCACAAACAUCCCGAUCUCGGCCCAAAUCCCUAACAACCAGAUCUCGGCCCAAAACCCUAUCAACAACCCAACCCUAUUCCACUUCAAUAAUCCCCAAAUUACCCUUCCGAUCUCUGGCCACGGCAGCCGCAGCCACCCGUGGGACCCACCGCCGCAAUGCCACCGCCAAAACCCUAAUAACAAUAACCAUCCCUUCAACAUCGUCAAACGGGAAAACUCCGUCCACAUCAUCAACAACUUUGACUGCAUCAACAACAACAACAACCACUCAAUCCUCGUGCCGCCGCCCACUGGUGGCGGCCCACCACCACCGCCACCGCUGCCGCUCUCGGCCACCGCGCUCCUCCAGAAAGCGGCGGCGACGAUGGGAAGCACUCAAUCGGGCCACGUGGGGUCCACCAUGGCCCACCUAGACAUGCACCACGCCUUGGGGCCAGCGUGGAGCGGCAGAGGAGAAGAUGACGGGUUCACGAGGGAUUUUCUAGGGCUGGCUGGAAGAGGAAGAGGAGGAGGAAACAUGGCCGUGAAAUUUCCGGCGGUGUUCGAUUAUCCGGGGUGCGGAUUUACGGGGGAGACAUGCUUGGGUUGGGGAAAAUAUUGAUGAAACUAAUUAUUGUAUUUGCCUCAUAACUUGUUCAAGACUAUGUAUUUCUUUCUUUUAUUUUAUUUUUUUUGUAUGAUCUUAGGGAGCAUGCGAAUUUUGUUACCCUACUGUAUCUCAAGUCAUUUUCGAAUUAAAGGCGG